AUGGCUGCUCUACUGCUGCUGUUGUUGGUUAGUGCUGGAGUCCUGCUGUCUUCUAUUGAGGCUCAGGAGGCUUACAGUAAACUCCCUGAUAACUAUAGGAAAGGAGUGGAUCUGGCCUUGCAACAACUCAACUCUCACUCUGGAGUCCAGCACCAUUUUCUCUUCUUCAAGAGUCUCCUGAAGUCCGACAUAGAGGUAAAACCUGGUGCCGGGAAUCAUGCCUCUAUUUACAUACCAGGCUCUAUUUGGUGCAUGACAAAAUUAAUGACAAACAGAACCAUGGAGAUUUCCAUUGCUGGGAGGUUGUGGCAGGACCAUUUUGUGUAGACCACACUGGUAAAUGUUUAUGGUUUAGUUUACAAUGCUUUAUACAUUUUCUUCUUCUAGCCUGAAUUUGAUGUGAGCUACAUUUAUCACAAUUUCUACCUGAAAGCCACCAAGUGUCGAAAGGGAACAGUUGACUCCACGCAAUGCAAGUUCAGGGAUGACCGAGUGAGUACCUGGAACUGUCUGAGAACAGUUGUGCUGAAUCAUCAACACCCUUAGGGCUUUCAUACAAUGCCAUGACUUAUAGUCUACACAUCUAAGUCUACAGCAUGGAAUAAAAAUGUUUAUAUGAUGCUGUCAUAUUGUGUGUAUUUCGACAGCCAUUGAUAGACUGUGCAGUCUGCUACAAAACCUUUGCUGGAAAGAUUGAGAAGGAGCCUCAGCCGUAUGUCCACUGUCUCCACAAACCAGCGCUUACAGAGGUGUGUUGGAUCACUAGUUGUCCCCUCCCACAACAUUAAACUGUUUCAAUCACUCACCACACAAAUUCUUUAACAAAGUAUGCUAAUGAGAAACAUUUUAGAAUUGUCAUGAGGACACCAUCACAUGAGCAGAGAACUCUUUCUUAUACAGUGAGGGAAAAAAGUAUUUGAUCCCCUGCUGAUUUUGUAUGUUUGCCCACUGACAAAGAAAUGAUCAGUCUAUAAUUUUAAUGGUAGGUUUAUUUGAACAGUGAGAGACAGAAUAACAACAACAAAAAUCCAGAAAAACACAUGUCAAAAAUGUUAUAAAUUGAUUUGCAUUUAAAUGAGGGAAAUAAGUAUUUGACCCCCUCUCAAUCAGAAAGAUUUCUGGCUCCCAGGUGUCUUUUAUACAGGUAACGAGCUGAGAUUAGGAGCACACUCUUAAAGGGAGUGCUCCUAAUCUCAGUUUGUUACCUGUAUAAAAGACACCUGUCCACAGAAGCAAUCAAUCAAUCCACCAUGGCCAAGACCAAAGAGCUCUCCAAGGAUGUCAGGGACAAGAUUGUAGACCUACACAAGGCUGGAAUGGGCUACAAGACCAUAGCCAAGCAGCUUGGUGAGAAGGUGACAACAGUUGGACCGAUUAUUCGCAAAUGGAAGAAACACAAAAGACUGUCAAUCUCCAUCGGCCUGGGGCUCCAUGCAAGAUCUCACCUCGUGGAGUUGCAAUGAUCAAGAGAACAGUGAGGAAUCAGCCCAGAACUACACAGGAGGAUCUUGUCAAUGAUCUCAAGGCAGCUGGGACCAUAGUCACCAAGAAAACAAUUGGUAACACACUACGCCGUGAAGGACUGAAAUCCUGCAGCGCCCGCAAGGUCCCCCUGCUCAAGCACAUAUACAGGGCCGUCUGAAGUUUGCCAAUGAACAUCUGAAUGAUUCAGAGGAGAACUGGGUGAAAGUGUUGUGGUCAGAUGAGACCAAAAUCGAGCUCUUUGGCAUCAACUCAACUCGCCGUGUUUGGAGGAGGAGGAAUGCUACCUAUGACCCCAAGAACACCAUCCCCACCGUCAAACAUGGAGGUGGAAACAUUAUGCUUUCGGGGUGUUUUUCUGCUAAGGGGACAGGACAACUUCACCACAUCAAAGGGACGAUGGACGGGGCCAUGCACCGUCAAAUCUUGGGUGAGAACCUCCUUCCCUCAGCCAGGGCAUUGAAAAUGGGUUGUGGAUGGGUAUUCCAGUAUGACAAUGACCCAAAACACACGGCCAAGGCAACAAAGGAGUGGCUCAAGAAGAAGCACAUUAAGGUCCUGCAGUGGCCUAGCCAGUCUCCAGACAUUAAUCCCAUAGAAAAUAUGUGGAGGGAGCUGAAGGUUCGAGUUGCCAAACGUCAGGCUCAAAACCUUAAUGAGUUGGAGAAGAUCUGCAAAGGGGAGUGGGACAAAAUCCCUCCUGAGGUGUGUGCAAACCUGGUGGCCUACUACAAGAAACAUCUGACCUCUGUGAUUGCCAAAAAGGGUUUUGCCACCAAGUACUAAGUCAUGUUUUGCAGAGGGGUCAAAUACUUAUUUCCCUCAUUAAAAUGCAAAUAAAUUUAUAACAUUUUUGACAUGCGUUUUUAUGGAUUUUGUUGUUGUUAUUCUGUCUCUCACUGUUCAAAUAAACCUACCAUUAAAAUUAUAGACUGAUCAUGUAUUUGUCUGUGGGCAAACGUACAACAUCAGCAGGGGAUCAAAUACUUUUUUCCCUCACUGUAAUCUAAUUCAGAAACAUACAGUAAUUUCAGUGAUUUGUUCCAUCACAUCAUUGAGUAAAAAUUUAUUUUGAGGACAUUAAUAUUGUGAAGGUUAUUGAAGACGAAUAUAAACCUGUUCAUUUCCCCUCCUUUAAUGUUGUGAAUUUCAGGAUAUGAAGACAAGAAGAGUAGAUCACUGUAAAACAAUGAGUUACCGAAGUGGAGCCCUUACUCUCCUGGCUUCAAAGGGUUCCAAGUGAAAUUCUUGGCAACAGGAGCAAUGUAGUUUUGUGGCCAUGAUAAAACUUUAAACACACUUUUUUUUUUUGCCUGCGUUGAAGAUGCCUAUAUCGGUCCGCUAAUACAGGACUAGUAAAGGCAAAGUGCGCUACUUUUGUGAAAAAAUGUUAACUCAAGGUAUUUGAGUGUUUACCAGAAUUUGUAACUUGAGUCGGAUAAUUAUCUGUACAAAACAGUUAAUCUGAUAAUACUUGUGGAAUAUAAAAAUAUUGCUUGAUAUAUGUUUUCCAGUUUCUUGAACUACUUUGCAAAUGCAACUUAUUUCUCUGUGGAAACAGAAAUGGUCUAUUCAUUCCUUUUACAUUUUAGUAGAUGCUCUUAUCCAGAGCAACUUAGUAGUGAGUGCAGUGGUGGAAAAAGUACCCAAUUGUCAUACUUGAGUAAAUGUAAUAAUAGAAAAUGACUCAAGUAAAAGUGAAAGUCGCCCAGUACAAUCCAAGUAUUUGGUUUUAAAUAUACUUAAGUAUAUAAAGUAAAUGUAAUUGCUAAAAUAUACUUAAGUAGAAGUAUAAAUCAUUUCAAAUUCCUUAUAUUAAGCAAACCAGACGGUACCAUUUUCAUGUUUUUUAAUUUACGGAUAGCCAGGGGCACUCUCCAACACUCAAACGUCAUUUACAAAUGAAGCAUGUGUUUAGUGAGUCCGCCAGAUAAUAAUAAAAUGCCAUUUAGCAGACACUUUUAUCCAAAGCGACUUACAGUCGUGCGUGCAUAUAUUUUUUGUGUAUGGGUGGUCCCGGGGAUCAAACCCACUACCUUGGCGUUACAAGCGCCGUGCUCUACCAGCUGAGCUACAGAGGACCACCAGAUCAGAGGCAGUAGAGAUGACCAGGGAUGUUCUCUUGAUAAGUGUGUGAAUUAGACAAUUUUCCUGUCCUGCUAAGCAUUCAAAUGUAACGAGUACUUUUGGGUGUCAGGGAAAAUGUAUGGAGUAAAAAGUACCAUUAUUUUUUUUAGGAAUGUAGUGAAGUAAAAGUUGUCAAAAAUAUAAAUAGUAAAGUAAAGUACAGAUACCCAAAAAAACUACUUAAGUAGUACUUUCAAGUAUUUUAACACAACUGAGUGAGAGCAUACAUUUUUGUACUGGUCCCCUGUGGGAUUUGAACCCACAAUUCUAGCGUUGCAAGUGCUAUGCUCUACCAACUGUGCCACAUCAUCACAAACCACUUGAUGUCUCAAUGUACUCAAUUUAUGUAUUGUGCAUUGUUUUUCUUCAUGGUGAUGGAAAGUCUACAGGUACCAAACCUAGAUGAUGUACAAUACAGUAAUGUAUUUACAUUAAAUGGUUUGUAAGGAUGUUAAAUUAAUACUGCACAGAAAGUGGUUGUUUUCCAUGUUAUUUGAUCAAGAAAAAUAUUUAAUUUGAUGUGGAUGUUUAGUGUCUUUGCCCAUAACUUUGUUCUUUCUAGGUUCCAUUGGAAUGACAAUCGCAGAGAAAGGGACAGGACAACAACUCUUACAAAUCCAACUAUUGAAUUCUGCAAGGUACUGUUCUUAAUUAUACAACUACCUUCCUUGCCAAAGCAGAGAUUUUUGUAGAUUUUUUUUUAUGUGCCUGCUCUACAGACGUCUAUAUCGGUCCGUUAAUACUAGUAAAGACUUCUGCUAAAAUAUUUUGUAUUCAUAUAUUUUUUCGAUUCACUUUUUCAGUGGAUGCUGCAGCACCCUCAAAACCAAUACUUCAAAUACAAAUAUUCAAUGUCCCAGUAGUUGAGCUGGAUGAAUCCCUUCUGUUCGUUGUGAAAAUGUUGAAAGUUAAGUGUGGUACACUUAUUUUCAAUAAAGUUUUAUUCAGAAAAUAUGAAUCUGAGUCACUGGUGUUUCUCCCUUCCAAAUAGCACAUAGGUAGGUGGACAUGAUAGGGGAAAUUCCUGUAGAUGUUGCAGCAUCUCCCAUUCCUCGAUAGGAAGGUCAAGAAAAACAAGCAAUGUACAGCACAGUUGGCUGAUAGCAUGUUUAACGCUUCGAUCAGACCCACAGCAUCAUUGCAUCAAUGCGGUGUAAUAAAUAAUGCAAUCAAACUUUUUAAUUAUGUAAUCCAACAUUUUUACUGGAUAUGUGUGCAACAAAAGUUCAAUAUUCACCUUUUGCUACUAUUUCUAUCAAGUCUAUGCAUACAAUUUGAUGCAUAUUUUGGAUCCAAGGUAUGCACCACACAGAACACAGAACACACUGUAACUACUUCUGCAAUGCAAUGCUGCAAGGCAAACGCAGCGUUCCAUGGAAAUUAAUGUAAAUCUGGUGUACCAAAACACAAUGACACUGUCUUUGUCUGUGUGAUCGAGGCAUAGGGCUCUAUUCAAUCCCUAUCACGGAAAUUAUGCGUUACAGCAGGACUGUAAUUUAAAGGCAAUGUUCCUGCAUUAGCGGAGACUGUGUUCACGCUAAACGCUGCAUAUGUCGGCUCAAUCGGAAAUUACCUUUAAAGAUUGAAUAGAGCCCUAGGCUUGUCCUAGUCAUCCCUAGCUUCUGAGUAAUACGUUUCGAUUCUCGUUAAUGUUUAUCCUGGUGGGAGAAGUGUCCACUGUCCACAGAGAUGCCUCAGUCAGGCUGCUCCUUACACACUGGGAGGAAGAUGGCUGCUCUACUGCUGCUGUUGUUGGUUAGUGCUGGUGUCCUGCUGUCUUCUAUUGAGGCUCAGGAGGCUUACAGUAAACUACCUGAUAACUAUAGGAAAGGAGUGGAUCUGGCCUUGCAACAACUCAACUCUCAUUCUGGAGUCCAGCACCAUUUUCUCUUCUUCAAGAGUCUCCUGAAGUCCGACAUAGAGGUAAAAAACAAUGUUGGUUGUUGUGACCACUAAAUAUAUAGAUGCAAAUAUGCACUGACCAUGAACUGCUAAAACUGAGGAAGACCUUUUGAGGUUGAGAUCAGAUCCAUACUCAAGUGUUACCAUGUUACAGGUGGAUAAUACAACUUCAACAAUACUUGAUAGAAUCACCAUUUUUCUUUCAGUCUGGGUUUAAUGUACAAUACGUCUACCACAAUUUCUACUUGAAAGCCACCACAUGUGCCAAGGGAACCGUUAAUCCAAGCUAUCAGCGAUGCCAAUUCAGGAAUGACCGAGUGAGUAAUAUACUUGUACUUGCUUCAACUGGUUCUAUUGUCUUUUGUCAAAGCUUUUGAAGAACAUAAAUGAGUAUUUCAGUCAUCAGCCGCUUCUCAAUUCAAUUCAACAAACAUAUUUUUAAGUUUCUGGAGAUUAAGUUUAUGACCGUUGACAUAUCAUUACAGGUUAUAGAUGUAGCACAAUGAUGAAUCCAUAUUUAUUUUUGUGUGUAUUGUAACAGCCACUGAUUGACUGUGGAGUUUGUUACAAAACAUUUUCCGGAGAGAUUGAGAAAGACCCCAAGCCAUAUGUCCACUGUCUCCACAAACCAAAACUAACAAAGGUAUUUAUUGAAACUUGACACAUAUUGUGAAAUAUCUAUUUUUAAAUGAAAAGUGUUAGAAAUGAUGACACAGCAUGAGUCCAUUUCCUUUUGUUUCAGGCUGUGUCGACAGCAAGACUAGAGCACUGUCGCAAGAUGAGCUACACCAGCGGAGCCCCUACUCUCCUAUCCAGCACCAAGACUGAUACUGAUGAGUGAAAUACCAUAGAAUAGAUGGUUCAUAAGACAGAAUUGAAAAUUAACGGCAUUUACAAAACACUGGUGUAAUUUCUAGUUUGUGCCAAGAUCAUUUUUGUUUAAAGGGCAUUCCAGCACUUUUCAACUUCAUAUUCAUUAUCUCCAGC